GGUUGCAGGAAUGUUUCGUGAACACAGCAAAGGUGUGGUUUCUGUCCGAACCAUAAGCCUGAAGCUUCCGCCUAUUCACAGCAGUCGCACCAUUAUCUGCGCAACAGGAGAGACUGGGAGGGGAAACUAACGCAGGGUCUGUCCGCAGUCUGGACGGCAGAGCUCAGCGGGACUUUGCUGCCACACAAACAACAACUACGACGCAACAACUCAGCGAAACAUGAGUCUCUCCGGCUCCACGUCGAGGCUGGCCACCAUGGGCACCAGAAGCAACUCGCGACCGGAUUUAAUGGGGGCCAGUUUUCGGAACGAGGUGUUGAUGAGUGGGAACGGGUUCCAACCGGAAUUCCAGACCGGAGACGGCGGCUACACCUACACCACCUUCUCCAAGAGCUCCAUGCACGGUGGGGGGCACGGAGGCCAGAAGACCCACAUCAGCAUGGGCGGAGGUUCAGGUGGUGGAAUCAGUCCACAGGCCUUUCAGCAGAGAGCGAUGUACUUGACAAGCCAGUGUCAUGAUUUUCUGCAGAGAGCCAAGAUGAUGAUCCAGGGUGGGGCCCCAACUGUGGAGGUGGAGAAGCUGUUGAUGAUGUCUGCGGAAACCUUGGAACAGCUCAAGAUGUGUGGCCUAGAGAUGCAGCAAAUGCGUAUACAUAAUGAUGUCUUCAAAAGCGUCGACCAGUUUCAGAACAUGCAGGUUACGCUCCAACAGCAGGUCGGCAUGGUCAAAAGACGGAACAGGGGCAGUGUGGGCUCUCUGGACGGGGGCAGGGUCUUCAAUGAUGCGAUGGGUUGGAUUGCUCAGCAGAAGCGUAUGAUUGAGACAGCGCCAUGGGGAGAUGACUCGGCCACCAUCGAGAAGCAAAUCCUAAGCCACAACAAAACCCACAGUUCCAUUCAAAGGAGCCAUGAAGUAGACCGCGCCAGAGAAGAACUGAGGGGUGACAAGUAUAACCUCUCCAUCCUGGACCAAGAAUGGGAUAGCUUGCAGAAAAUGUCCCACAGCCGCUUCUCUCAGCUGCGUGAGCUUCAGAACAUCAUCGAGGAGAUCUCUCGAGCCAUCAUGUGGGUGAAUAAGCGAGAGGAGGAGGAGCUCAUGUUUGACUGGGGAGACAAAAACAUGGACAACUACAUCCCCAAGAAGCAGGAGAGCUACUCGAGGAUGAUGAGCGACCUUGAGGAGAAGGAGAAGGAGCUAAACAAGCUGAAGAUGAAAGCCGAUGGACUUCUGAACAACAACCAUCCUGCCGGAGAUAAAAUUGAAGCCUACAUGGAUACCCUGCAGACUCAGUGGAGCUGGCUUCUUCAGAUCACCAAGUGUAUCCAAGUUCAUUUGAAGGAGAAUGCCGCUUACAGCCAAUUUUUCAAGGAGGCCAACGACACCUACGCAAAACUGCAGCAGCAGCACGAGACCAUCCGUACCAAGUUCACCUGUGAUAAGAACACCCCACUGGAAAACCUCACUGAUCUCCUGAAAAACCUGGAGAGAGAGAGAGAGAGAAUUAUUGAAAACAAGAGGCAGGUCCAGAGUCUGGUCAGCAAGUCCAAGACGAUUGUCCGCCUGAAACCUCGCAACCCUGAGGAGAGGAGCAGCAGCCCCAUCAUCAUCCAGGCUUUAUGUGAUUUCAAACAGGACCAGAUUGGGAUUUUUAAAGGAAACGAAGGCAUCCUGAAGGACAACUCCCAGCGCAGCAAGUGGCUUGUGACCGGACCCGGAGGCCUGGACAUGUUAAUUCCGUCUGUGUGUCUGCUCAUACCUCCACCAAACCCACUCAGCAUCGGACUUGCCAACAAGAAUGAGCAGUAUUAUGAAGCCAUCAUGGGCAUCUGGAAUCAGCUCUACAUCAAUAUCAAGAGUCUUAUUUCAUGGCAGUAUUGCCUCAAAGACAUCAAUUACAUCAACUCUCUCACCGUCAGCGUGCUGUCCAAGAUGCAUCCUGAUGAGUACCGCAAUAUCAUCAAAAGACUGGAGACUCACUAUCAAGAGUUCCUGCGGACCAGCCAAACGUCAGAGUUGUUUGGGGAUGACGAAAAGAAAAACAUCCAGGGCCACUUUGAUAAAGCCUACAACCACUAUGAUACACUUGUUAUCCAGCUGCUUUCUAACACAAACACUAUAGGGGAGGAAAACGACGUAGAGGAGACGAAGGUUGCACCCUCAAAAACAACUCCACCACCCAAGGUCCCCAAAAUGAGCCUGGUCCUGCUUAGUAGUCUGCAAGAAAUUCGACGUAGGUUGGAGCUGGCCGAAUCCGGUCUCACCAGUCAUCUCCAUAUUCCCCUGGGUGAAAACAGUGUGCAUGAGUGCUCAGUGCACAUCCAGAAGCUGCAAACGGUGCACCAGGAUUUGGACUCAAUUCAUGACGAGUACCUGCGUAUCAGGGAAAGGAUCACUAAGCAGCUGGAAGGGCUACCUGCUGAUUCCGAGCAAGCCAAGUUCCUGCGGUCUGAACAAGAAAUCAUCAACCAGAAAAUAGGAAUGUUGCAGGGUCUUUACUCAGCCUACCUUCAUAGGCUGAAUGCUCUAAAGGCCUUGCUCCAGAGCCUUCUCCAGGCUGAGGAUAUCAUUCAAGUCCAUGAAGCUCGGCUUGUAGAGAAGGAGACCACCUCCCUGGACCUUCGAGAGGUGGAAAACUAUCGCAGCACACUCAAGCAAAUGAAGAGUGAUCUGGAGCAAAAAAGGGACCUGCUUACGUCCAUGGAGUCAAACCUGGGUAAAGCAGUGCACUGGAAUGAUCAAAUAUCUGGAUCCUUCUACAAAUGUGACGUGGAAUUGUCCAAGUACUCUGACCUGGUUGGUCAGAUGUCUGACCGUUGGCGCCGCAUCCAAAGCCAGAUUGAUAGCAGAAUGUGGGACCUGGAGAAGCACGAGAAUCAGCUGAAACAUUAUCAGCAGGACCGCACUUCCCUGGAGCAGUGGAUAGACAAUGCCAGGAAGCGUCAGGACACGCUUCAGACGGUUAAGCUCAGUGACAUGCAGAUCCUAAUGGACCACAUCAAUCAACAGAAGGCACUUCACACUGAAAUUAAAGGAAAGAAGGACAAAGUAGAAGAUGUUAAUAAAAAUGCAGACACCUGUGCUACAUCUAUUAAGGACUAUGAGAUUCAGCUGGCUUCCUACAGCUCAGGCCUGGAAACUCUGCGUAAUAUUCCCAUCAAGAGGACAAUGAUACAGUCCCCUGCCUCUGUCGUGAGACAAGAGGCAGCUGACCUCCAAUCCCACUACAUAGAGCUCCUUACCCGCUCUAGUGACUACUACAAAUUCUUAGGAGAAUUGCGGAAGAAUAUGGAAGACAUAAAGUUGAGAAACACCAGGAUUGAGAUGCUGGAGGAGGAACUGAGGCGUAUGAAGGGAGACUUUCAGGAUUCUAAUCAGAAAAACAAGUCUCUGGAAGAUGAUUUAGCUCGCUACAAGCUGGAGCUCGAACGGUCAAAAGAAGAGCACUUUCGUAUAUUGGAAGAGAAGAGAAUAAUAGCAGUGAAUGCUAGUUCUACCAAAGAAAGCCUGGACGGUUCACACAGCCAACUCCAAGAUCUAAAGGACCAGCUGACCCGUAUUAAAUACCAACUGGAUGAGGAAAAGAGCAAAAAGAGGCUGGCAGAGGAGCGCUACACCAGCCAGCAAGAGGAGUUUGAGGCGGCUGUUCGCCGCAGACAGAAGGAACUGGAGGAGCUCAACUGGACCAAGAUUGACUUAGAAAAAAGCGUGAAGGACAAGGAACGUGAACUAGAGAGGAUGAAGAUGCUGCUAGAUGAGGAGGCAGCACGUCGACGAAAUGCUGAAUCAGAAAUGUCAAAGGUAAGAACACAGUGCACCCAAGAAAUUAAACAACUUAAGCAGACAUAUGAGACAGAAAUCCACGUUACCAAGACCACGAUCCUGAAAGCAUCGCAGCAGAAAGAAGAAAAUGCAGCCGAGCUAAGACUGCAAAUUGACAGACUCACAAUUGACAAGAGAGAUUUAGAGGAGGAGCUGAGGAGACUGAGAUUGUCCAUUGCUCACACAGAAGAUCAAAAAGGCAGAGCAGAGCAGGAGGCAAGCCAGCAGAGGGCCUCCGUGACAAAAGAGACAAGGAUCCGCAGUGAGCUGGAGGUGCAGCUGAGAACCCUUGUGCAACAGAGAGAAGACGAUGAGCUCAAAAUAAAAGAAGUCACCAAAAGCAAUCAGGAAAAGUCCAGGCAGAUCAGUGUGCUGACCUUUAACCUGGAUGAGGAGGGGAAGAAGAGGAGGACACUGGAAUUAGAAAUCAAUCACCUGAAACAGGCUGAGGCAGAUUUGAAGGCAAAGAAUGCUUCUUAUCUAGAGGCAAUUAACAAGCUUAAAAUGUCCGAGCAAGAGAUCCGCAUCACCCGAGUGGAGCUGGAGAAGCAAACCAGUGAGAAAACAAAAGCUGAGCAGAGUUCUGCCAGGCUGCAGAGCCGUAUCAGAGAACUCCAGUCCUCUCUGGAUGGGAUGGAGGCUGAGUUAGAGAAGCAGAAGAAAGCAACUCAGGAGGAGUUCACACGUAGAAAGAGAAUGGAAGCUGAGUUGGAAAGGAUGACCCAUACCUGCAGAGAGCACACCACCACAAUUAACACACUGAAAUCAGUGCAACUGGAGGUUUCCAACAGUAAAGGAAAGUAUGAGAAGGACCUGAGAGCGCUCCAGGAGGCUCUGGACAAGAGUCUGAGGGAACAUAGGGUCACUAAGGAGGAACUGGCAGCUGUAACAGUUGAACUGAAGACACUGAAACAGAAGCUCAUGCAGGAACAGGCGAAAAUUCACGAGCUUAACCUACGAAAUGAAAGCCUGUAUAAGACCAUUGAGGAGAAGAGUCGCCAGCUUAACGAAUACACGUCAGAGAUUGAAAAGCUAAGGACUCUGACACAGAACCUGACAAAGGAGAGGCUGAGGUUGGAAGAGGAGCUGAGGACAGUGAAACAAGACAGAGACGAGCUGAAGUUUUCCAAAGACACCAUUGAUGGAGAGAGUGCCACACAGAUCUCAGCCUUGCAUGUCCAACUUCAGAGUAGCACCAAGAGGACAGCGGAGCUCCAGGCUCUCAUCAAUGACCUGACCAAGGAGAGAGAAAAGCUUAAAUUGGAAAUAGAAAAAAUCCAAAAGCAAUCUAUUGAGACAUCCAUCAGUGUGCACGAAUCCCAGAGCAAAUAUAGUGAAAUUCUGCUGGAAAAGGACAGUUUGCUAUCUAGACUUAAACUGCUGGAGCAGGACAAGAAUCGCCACCAGCGCACAGAAGAUGAGCUCAAACGCAUCAAGCUCACACUUGAAACAGAGGUCCGUAACAAACAGCGGCUGCUGGAUGAAAAGAAUUCCCUCCUCAAGGAUUUCAACUCUAUGAAGAGCCAAUAUGAGCUGAGAGAAGGCCUGAUAAAACAGUGUGAAUCAGACAGAGAAAAGAGUAAUCGUGAGAGACUCUCCCUCAAGAGUGAGAUUGAGAGGCUCAUGAGGGAGCUGAAGACCAUUGAGGAGCGGUACAAAAGCCGACUGCUGAUCUCUGAAAAGGAGGCAUCAGAACUGGCUCUCAAGAGAGAUGCACUGCUGAGAGAGAUACAGAGACUGCAACAGAGACCUAGCACUCUGAACAGACAGACACAGACAGAUGAGAAGGUCCCGACGAUUGAUCCAUCCAAGUUGGUUUUCGAUGCUGUGCGAAGAAGAGUCACAGCCCACCAGCUUUGCGACUGUGGCGUUAUCAGUAAAGCCACCCUGGAACAGCUCCUAAAGGGACAAAAGUCAGUGGAUGAGGUAGCUGUAGAUAUCCAGUUAAAUUUAAAGGGUACUGGCAUUAUUGCUGGCAUGAUAACAGGUGCUCAAGGGAAAAUGCCAUUCACUAAAGCCAAAAACAAGAAACUCCUCAGCCCAGAGAGUGCCCUCCUGCUUCUGGAGGCUCAAGCAGCAACAGGCUACAUAGUGGAUCCCACACUUAAUGAAAAGAUGCCUGUCGAUACUGCCUGUUCCAGAGGAAUUGUGGAUUCAGAAGACAGAGACGUCCUAGUGACAGCUGAAGCAGCAAGCACAGGCUUUAAAGACCCAUACUCUGGGAAAGUGUUGUCUGUAGGUCAGGCUUGCAAACAAGGUCACAUUAAUAAAGACACGGCCAUCCGCUUGCUUCAGGCACAAGAUUCUGUUGGAGGCAUAUUGGAUCCUGUUCUGAGUGUGUUCCUUCCAAAAGAUCUGGCCUUGGAUCGCAAUCUUAUUGAUGAGGAGCUCUACAGGGCUUUGAACAAGAAACCCACCUGCUACCUGGAUCCUGCAACAGGAGAGAAGAUAAGUUAUAGUGACCUUAGGAAGAAAUGUACAGUGGAACCUGUUAAUGGCUUGCUUUUGCUCCGUGGUCCAGAAAAGCCCAUGACAGUAAAGGGUCUCCGUGGUGAAGUCUCUAUUACAGACCUUGUAAAUUCUGAACUUCUUGAUAAAACAGACAUUGACAAGCUCAACCAGGGCAAGCUCACCAGCAAAGACAUUGAAGACAAGCUGAAGACAUAUCUGUAUGGCUCUACCUGUAUUGCAGGUAUUUAUGAUGAGGCCAAGGACCGAAUCAUGCCUUUUUAUCAAGCAAUGAGGGAAGGUCUAAUGAUGAGAGGAACCACUCUGGAGCUUCUUGAGGCACAAGCUGCUUCUGGUUUCAUUGUUGAUCCAGUCAACAAUGUUUUCUUGACAGUGGAGGAAGCCUCAAAGAGAGCCCUGAUAGGGAACGAGUUCAAGAAUAAGCUGUUGUCUGCAGAGAAGGCAGUAACUGGAUACAAAGACCCAGCCACGGGAAAGAUCAUCUCCCUCUUCCAGGCUAUUGAGAAAGAUCUUAUUGAGAAAGGUCAUGGAAUCCGUCUGCUUGAGGCACAAAUUGCCAGUGGUGGGAUUAUUGACCCCAAAGAGAGCCAUCGCAUUGAUGUUGAUGUUGCGUACAAAAGGGGGUAUUUUGAUGAGGAGAUGAAUGAGAUCCUAACUUAUGAGGGAGAUGACACAAAAGGGUUUUUUGAUCCUAAUACAAAGGAAAACCUGACAUAUCUCCAGCUGAAGGACAGGUGCAUCACAGAUGCCAAAACAGGCCUAAUACUCCUUCCACUCAAAGACAAGAACAAGGCCCAGAAGUCACAGGAAAGUCGUACCAAUGUCCUCCGUAAAAGGCGGGUUGUAAUCGUUGACCCAGACACUGGGCUGGAGAUGUCAGUGAGAGAGGCCUAUCACCGAGAGCUGAUUGAUUAUGACACUUUCCUGGACUUGUCAGAACAGGAAUGUGAGUGGGAGGAAAUAACUAUCAAAGCGUCAGAUGGCUCUGCACGUUUGGUGAUAGUGGAUCGGAAAACAGGAAGUCAGUAUGACAUCCAGGACUGUCUUGAGCGUGGAAUCAUUGAACAGAAGAGUUUGGAUCAAUAUCGUGCUGGAACACUAACCUUGACCCAAUUCGCUGACCAAAUUAUCAGCAAAAACAGCAGCUCUGAGUUGACAAUCUCAGCCAGCAGUGUUGAUGACAUGGUCACCUGCAGCAGUCCCACUCAGGCUGCACCAUCCUCUCCUACUGUCCGUAAACGCCUCAACAGUAUUUCUAUUACUGUCUCACCCCCUGAGAUGUUCGAUGACCAGAGCCCUGUGGCAGCCAUAUUUGACACAGAGACACUGGAGAAGAUCACUAUUCCUGAAGGCCACCGAAGAGGUAUUGUUGACACCAUUACAGCACAAAGGUUGCUUGAGGCACAGGCAUGCACAGGUGGUAUUAUCAACCCUGCCACUGGUGAGAGAUUGUCGUUGCAGGACGCGGUCCGCCAAAGCAUCAUUGAUGAAAGCAUGGCAAAUAAGCUGAAACCUGCUCAGAAAGCCUAUGUUGGUUUUGAGGAUGUGAAGACUAAAAGAAAAAUGUCUGCAGCAGAAGCAGUAAAGGAGACAUGGCUGCCUUAUGAGGCAGGUCAGAGAUUUAUAGAGUUUCAGUAUCUGACAGGAGGCCUGAUUGAGCCUGGCAGUGGACGUCGCAUUACCAUUGAAGAGGCUAUCCGUAAAGGGUGGCUUGAUGGUCAAGGGGCACAGAAGCUUCAGGAGUCACGCAAUCACCAGAAGAAUCUGACCUGUCCCAAGACAAAACUUAAGAUCUCCUACAAGCAAGCGAUGGAUGGCUGCAUGGUGGAGGAAAGCAAUGGUAUGAAGAUGCUGCAGGCCUCUUCAAUAUCCAGUAAAGGCAUCAGCAGCCCUUACAAUGUCUCCAACCCAGGAUCUCGCUCUGGGUCCAGACCUGGUUCCCAUGCUGGCUCCAGAAGUGGAUCUCGUAGAGGCAGUGUAGAUUAUUCCUCUACGUACACCUACAGCUUCUCUUCCAACAGUACCACCUACAGCAACAACUCUUAAUGCAUAGCACAAAAAAAGAGUACAAUUAAACUUGUUUUUUUUUCUUUUGCUACAUUCUCUUUUUGAUAGAUUUAAGGAGAUUUGUUUUAAAAACUGAAUCAGAUUCAUAUUAAAUGUAUUGGUAGUAGAUGUUGGUGCAUUGGUGUUUGAAUAUAAUGCUGAAUGUAAUUCAUGCUCUUGUUCUGUUGCAUACAUGUAGAAUGAACAUAUCCAUUCUCACAACUCAUUUUAACAUUGCUUUUUAAUAGAAUGUAACCACGUAUUAUUUCAAAAAAUGCUUGUUUUCAUAACAUCAGCUUGCCCUCAAAUUAGGCUUUUUGUAUUUUUCUUUGUGUAUGUCAGCUUAGCUCAUGUAUUGUUGAUUUUUUUUUAAAAACAUUUUACUAAUUACAAAUGUGGAGAUUUUGCUAAUAGAUAACUGACUAGAUGGUGUAUUGAUCAACUAUUCUUGCCACUAAAAUGUUAUUCAAGCGAUUAAUAAAUAAAAGUUGUCACAACACA